AAAAGUUUCACAAGCUUUUAUACAUUUUGCAUGUCAUUCAUUUACGCUACCUGUCCGAUUGUCCCAUUAUUGAAUAAAUUUUUGAGGCAUUUGAUAAGAUAUUAUUUUGCUAGGCCAGAGUAUACUAUAACCUUACCUCUCGGUUUCUUUUUUUCUUUCCCCCUUUCCACCUUCUAUUCUCUAGCCCGAAACUCCUACGGACUUCGUUACCGAAUAAUCUAUUUACCAUAAUACGACAAAGAAACUAUCAUCAUGUCCGAACUUGUGGAUCUAGUUGCUCAUCUAUUCGAUACGAUAUCCAAGCUCUUUACGCUAGUUAAAGACCGUUUUAACCACAAUGUUGCCGAGUCCUUUACGUCUAUGACAGCGAAGGAAUGGAUUCGGUUAGUUAUUAUCGUCGGCGCCUACGCGUUAUUACGACCGUACAUUAUCAAAUAUGGCGCCAAGCAUCAAGAAAAGCAGCUCGAAAAACAGUUCGCGGAAGAAGAAGCCAGGGAAGCGCAAAUAUCGCCUAAUCAACUACGCGGCGAGAUUGGCAUACCUGAAGAUAGCGACGACGAGGAGCAAGCGGAAACCACGGCUUCGGAUUGGGGAAAGAAGGCACGGAAGCGCCAGAGGAACAUGAUCAAGAAGUUGCUGGAUGCCGAGGAGAAGAGACUCCAAGAGCUACAGGAAGACGAAGAAGACAAGGAUAUUGAACAAUAUCUAGUUGCGGAUGACUAGUAGUACUAUGUCAAGAGAAGAUGGACGACAUGGUUCGUUAUCUGCGGCGGGAAUAGCAAGGACCACCUAAUGUUUAAUUGAAUGCAUAUUGUCCUCAACGUGACUGAUGGAUAAUGGUGGAAAUGUACGAUACUAUUUCGAAACGAAAUUUCUUAUUUGAUAAAGUGCUGUCUGACAUGGUUCUGGCUGUUAAGCGUUUAUCCACGAUGCCAUGCUUAAAAUUUAUGACGAGCUUAUCCAAUGUGUAUGUAUACCUCUAGGUUAGGUAGGUAUUGUACAAUGAAUUUAUAUUGUAUCAAUGCUGCGUGUUUGGCAUCGUAAUAUAAUUGGAGUUGUAUGUCUCAAUGCUUAGCGAUC